CCCCCGGGGCAGAGGUGGCGGUGACGCCACCCCGCACCCCUCCGGCCGGCGGCGAGGCCCGGCGCCGCUAUUCGUGGAGCGGUCUGCGUUGGCCUCGCGCUCAGCCGAGCGGAGCGGCGGGAGCAUAGAGCGCGGCGUCUAGCGGCGCAGAGCGGCGCCGCUCCGCUCCAGCCCCCCCUUAGCCCCCAGUAAACAGUCGCUAACAUGGCGGCUCGGAGGCCUCGCUCCGCCUCGGAGCACGACAGUGAUGAUGAUUCGUAUGAAGUAUUGGAUUUAACAGACUAUGCAAGGCGUCACCAUUGGUGGAAUCGUGUGUUUGGCCGAAAUUCUGGACCAAUUGUAGAAAAGUAUUCUGUAGCCACUCAGAUUGUAAUGGGCGGAGUGACUGGUUGGUGUGCAGGAUUUUUGUUCCAGAAAGUUGGAAAACUUGCAGCAACUGCAGUAGGUGGUGGAUUUCUUCUACUUCAGAUUGCCAGUCAUAGUGGGUAUGUGCAAGUUGACUGGAAGAGAGUUGAAAAAGAUGUAAACAAAGCAAAAAGGCAGAUAAAAAAACGUGCAAACAGGGCAGCACCUGAAAUCAGCACCCUCAUUGAAGAGUCAACAGAAUUUAUCAAACAGAAUAUAGUAGUAUCCAGUGGAUUUGUUGGAGGCUUUUUGUUAGGACUUGCAUCUUAAGGACCUGAAUUUGUCUUCCUGAUGGCAUCAACCACAACAAAGAACAGUAGUAGUGAUUAGUGCACUGUCUUAAAGCAAAGCAGUGUGGGUCACUGAUCACUCCAGAGCAAGGAGAAUGGACUAGCCAGACAAACUGGAAGCUUUUAUGUUUUAGGCUUUUGCCUUCUGACGCUUGGCAUAAGAUUUGCUGAAAAACUGCAGUGUGCUCAUAAUAGCAUUUUUUGGACAAAACUGGUUAAUUUUCAUCAUGACUUUUUUAUUCUGUGACCAUUCAGAAAAUAGCAUUUUCAAAAUGUAAUUUGUGGGAUAUCGCUAUGCUACGGUAAUGUAAGAAGGAAAGCUCCAUUUUCAAUCUGAAUGUUUUCCAGAUAAAUGUUGCUUUAUCUUUAUUUAAAAGGUAUUGUCCUUCAUGCUGUAGUAAAUAGUGCCAAUUACUAAUAAUGUAUACAAUAUGUAGCUUCAGCUGGAGGGCUGACAAUCUUCCUUAGAAAUCACUGCAAUAAUCUAUAAGCCUGUAAUAACUUUUUACAGAAGUAUUAAGUAACAAAGAAUCAUGAUCAUAUUAAAGGUGAAAAUCAAACCUU